UUGGCAACAGAAUUGGACUUGCCAUGCACGACGCGAUCCGCCUCGCCGAGGCGUCCGACUGGGACGGCCUCCGGCGCUUGGUGGCGAAAGCACCGGCGUCUGCCCACGCCUGCGACGGCUACGGCAUGCUGCCCAUCCACUGGGCGUCCACCGAGGCGAGCGUGCCGCUCGAGCUCCUCGAGACCCUUUUGACGGCCUUUCCGGACGGCGCCUCGACCGUCAACAGCGCCGGGCUGCUCCCGCUGCACAUUGCCAUUCGCGCCCACGCAUCGCCGGCGUGGCUCCAAGCCCUUCUCUCGUCGCACCCCGAGAGCAUUUGGGUCGAAACGCCGACGGGCGCGACGCCCAUGGCGCUCGCCGAACACGUUGGCGCCGACGAGGCAUGUCUCCACGUGCUACGCCUCGCACAGAUUCGCUUGCACCAAGAAGACGCGCGGUCGACGGUCUCGAGCAGCCGGGGCUCCAACAUAUUACGGACGCCGCCCAAAGCCAAGACCCUCUUGCGUCACCUCUCGUUCGACUACAACACGAGCCUUCGCUCGUCGACAGCCCACACCGUGCGCCGCGUCACGUCCGUGCCCAUCAUGGGCAGCAAAAACGACAACAACAUCGAGAUCCUCGACGACGCGUCGGUCUCGAGCGACGAAGACGAUGACGACCAUUCGUUUCGAGGCAACAACUGCGCGGUGCUCCCGAUGCUGGACGAGGAGCCGCCCGAGUGGCAUCUGCAUACGGCGUGCUCCGUGUGCCACGCCGCCUUUAGCAUGUUCAAGCACCGCCACCACUGCCGCAAUUGCGGCAAGUCCAUCUGCCGCAACCACAGCGCCGACAAGAAGGUCCCCACCAAAGGCUUCCAGUCGCCGCAGCGCGUUUGUAUCGCUUGCUACGGGUCGCUGACGAGCCGGAAGCACUCGUUCACGAUGCUCGAGUCGCCCGCCGUGACGCCCAAGCGCACGCUGCUGCGCGUCCUGACCGAGCUCGCGUCGCCCAAGCCCAGCCCCGUGACGUCGCCGGUUGUGGCUGUAAAGUCGACCGACGCCGAGAUCGUAUCGCUAAAAGCGACGGUGCAGCAGCUCACCAAGCAAGUCGACAACCUCCAUAUUGCCAAUAUGGCGCUGCAGCAGCAGUUGCUCGAGCAAGAAGAGCUCAAGGCCGAGACGAUGCUGCUCAUUACGCAGGUCAUGACACGCGUGUCUGUGCUCGAGCUGCAACGCGCCAAGCAGGCCAACGACGACGACUUUGAUCUAUAGCGACUGCAUCCACCUACUAACAUGGCUACCUUUCGAGUACGCACCGGCGAGUCGAGAGGCCAUCGUGUUAC